GGCACUCGCUCCGCCCCUCCUGGCACUGACGCCUGGAAACAUGGUGGCUUCCUGCUCCUCCAGCCCGGCAUUCAUUGCCGCGGCUGGGAUGUUGCUCUUGUCCUGCGGCAGCUUGGCUACUAGUGAGAUCGAGGAUCAAGCAGAGGAGUUCUUUAGAAGUGGCCAUACAAACAACUGGGCUGUUUUGGUGUGUACAUCUCGAUUCUGGUUUAAUUAUCGACAUGUUGCAAAUACUCUCUCUGUUUAUAGAAGUGUCAAGAGGCUAGGUAUUCCUGACAGUCACAUUGUUCUGAUGCUUGCAGAUGAUAUGGCAUGCAACCCCAGGAAUCCCAAACCAGCCACAGUGUUUAGUCACAAGAAUAUGGAGCUAAAUGUAUAUGGAGAUGAUGUGGAAGUGGAUUAUAGAAGCUAUGAGGUAACUGUGGAGAAUUUUUUACGGGUAUUAACUGGAAGGGUCCCACCUAGUACUCCUCGGUCAAAACGUCUUCUUUCUGAUGAUAGGAGCAAUAUUCUUAUUUAUAUGACAGGACAUGGUGGAAAUGGAUUCUUAAAAUUUCAAGAUUCUGAAGAAAUUACCAACAUAGAACUUGCAGAUGCUUUUGAACAAAUGUGGCAGAAAAGACGCUACAAUGAGCUGCUUUUUAUUAUUGAUACUUGUCAAGGAGCAUCCAUGUAUGAGCGGUUUUAUUCUCCUAAUAUAAUGGCUCUAGCUAGUAGCCAAGUGGGAGAAGAUUCUCUCUCGCAUCAACCUGAUCCUGCAAUUGGAGUCCACCUUAUGGAUAGAUAUACAUAUUAUGUCUUGGAAUUUUUGGAAGAAAUUAAUCCAGCAAGCCAAACAAAUAUGAAUGAUCUUUUCCAGGUUUGCCCCAAAAGCCUGUGUGUGUCUACUCCUGGACAUCGUACUGAUCUUUUUCAGAGGGAUCCUAAAAAUGUCUUGAUAACUGAUUUCUUUGGAAGUGUACGGAAGGUGGAAAUCACAACAGAAACUGUUAGUUUGCAGACAGAUUCAAGAAUCAUGGAAAGCAGCCCUAAGGAAGACUGGAUGGACGAGGAGCUAAUUGAACCCCUAAAAUAUGCUGAACAACUUCCUGUAGCUCAGAUAAUACACCAGAAACCAAAGCCGAAAGACUGGCAUCCUCCAGGGGGCUUUAUUCUGGGACUGUGGGCGCUCAUUAUCAUGGUUUUCUUCAAAACUUACGGAAUUAAGCAUAUGAAGUUCAUUUUCUAGACACAAGGAUCUAUGAAGACUGUGUGGAAGACUACAGCCUUGGAAAAUAUUUUGUCAUUAUGUCUUUUUGAAAAAUACAUUGCUUCUGUGUAAAUUGGCAAAAAAGCAUAUGGAAACUACAUUUGAAUAAACCUAAUUCUAUAAGUAAUUAUAAUUCAUGUACUUAAUGGCAUUGAAUAACACUUGUGUUUUAUAUGUUGUAAUGUGAGUCAAGACAUUAGAAUAUACUUACUCUUUCCUGAAAAUAACAAUUUCCCCCUAUCAACUUUUUCAUGGGACUGGAGCGAUAGCAUAGUGGGUAGGGCGUUUGCCUUACACACGGCCGACCUGGGUUCGAUUCCUCCGCCUCUCUCAGAGAGCCUGGCAAGCUACUGAGAGUAUUCAAUAUGCCAAAAACAGUAACAAGUCUCACAAUGGAGACGUUACAGGUGCCCACUCGAGCAAAUUGAUGAGCAAUGGGAUGACAAUGACAGUGACAGUGACAACUUUUUCAUCUGUACAAGAGAUAAGACAAUGUUAAGGGUUGCAGAAAUAGCAGAAAGGUCUAGAGUACAUGCGUUACAUGCAUGAGGCCCCAAGUUCAAUUCCUGGCAAUUCAUGCUGCCUGCCCUCAGCACCACUGAGGUGGCCCUGAUAGCCACCAGCACCACUUGGACCAGGCAGCAGCAUUGAACUCUAACAUUGAACCCUCAGUACUUCCCAGCUGAGGGUCACUGGACCUGACCCCUGACCCCCACUCCUCAACACCACUGAGGGAAGCAGGAAAGAAAAAAAUAUUGACUUUCCCAUAAUCCCCUAAAGUAGAAAGUAUGGGGGAACUUGUUUGCCAUAGAGGCGGGGGGAGAAUUGGAAAGGGGAGGGGAGGUAUACUGGGGACAUUGGUGGUGAAGAAUGUGCAUUGGUGGAAGGAUGGGUAUUUGAUCAUUGUAUGACUGAAACUCAAACAUGAAAGUUUUUUAACUAUCUCAUGGAGAUUCAACAAAAGAGAAAAAACAAACAAACAAAAACCAACAAACAAGCAAAAAAAAAAAACUAUUGACUUUAAAUGCUAAGGCAGGCAUUUUUCCACUGAAUCACAUUCCCAGCUCUUCUUUAAUAUGUUUCUAUUUUACUAUCAUUCGUGGAAUUCUGUAGCUUUUAUUAUAUCUAUAUAUAGAAAAAUGGUUUCUUAAAUCUAUGGCCUCCAGUACCAUAAUUAGUUUACCUGGAAAAUUUCAAAUCUUUGGGAAUUUGAAAGCUCCUUACGUUGAAUAUUUUGUGAUUCUCUAGAAUUAGUUAUUUCCUCUUCAUUUUUCUUAAUGGAAGAAGACUUUAUUUCGUUCUGUUGUAAAUCUUUCCUGUUGAAUGAAUCUACACUUUUUUGAGACAAUCCAAAAGUGGGUUGACUCUGGAAAAUUUAUGCACACCCCUUACUUUUGUUAGACAAGAAGCAGGAGCUUACAUCACUUGCUGAUUAUUUAGCUCACUAGUCAUUUUCAGUUCUUUCUUUAACUGAAAAUGGUAUUUUGCUGGCAGCACAACUUAUUGGUUUUUUUCCUUAAAAACUUUGUAUAUAAAGGGGAAAACCCUUGAAUGUUGAGUGUUCAUGUUCCAUGAAAUACAUUUUUAUGCUUAUAAAAGAACUUACUCUAAUUGUCUUUAUUCAUUAUAAGAUCUAUUCUGUCAUUGUAGGUAUCAUUAAGAAAACCAGUCUUGGGGCAGGAGCAAUAGCACAGCAGAUAGGGUGUUUGCCUUGCACAUGGCUGACCCAGGUUCGAUUCCCGGCAUCCCAUAUGGUCCCCUGAGCACCACUAGGAGUAAUUCCUGAAUGCAGAGCCAGGAGUAACUCCUGUGCAUCACCGGGUAUGACCCAAAAGGAAAAAAAAACAUUCUUUCUCCAUAUGAUAAUCUUUUAAAAUUAAUAUUCCUUAGUAUCAACUUUUUUUAACUUUUAAAGUAUCAUCCUCUAUUUACAUGUAAAUUGGUCACACUUUUUAUAGGCUCAGAAUUGACUGAGUUAUCUCCCAAGUUAGAACAAAUUAUAUUGAAGUUUAUUGCCAGCUCUGAAUAUUCGUUUUCACUGAUUUUCUUUUCUCUUUUUCAGUGCCUGGAAUUGAACCCAGGUCCUCAUACAUUCCAGGCAUGUGCUCUACUAAUGAGCCCCUUUCUUUCCUGGCCCCUUUUUUGCUGAUAUUUUUUCCUUUUGGUGCAUUAGACAACGGAAGAACAAACAAAUUUAUUUGAUUAUCUGAAGAAGGAUAACAAUGCUUGUCCAUGGAAAGAGAUAGAAGGAAAAUUCUAACACAAAUAGUUGGAUCAUUAGUUCCAUUAGGAAAUUAAAAGUUGACCACAUCACCCUCCACACAUUAAUGUAACGUCAUGAGCACUGCAGUGAAGUGGAGCUACUUAGAAUAAAAGUAAAGGAAAUGUGAUUGUUCUUGAGCCUAGGUAAUUUUGUUUGAAUAUAAUCAUAUAUACUCUGAUGGUAAAGACUGUUUAAAAGUAAAAGAAAUUCUCUUUGGAAGUUCUACUUAGUUAAAACCAAACUGGGAAAAAAACAAUAUUAGAUGUAAUAUACAGGGUUAAGUUUGUCCAAGCAAAAUUUCCAAGGGUAAUCAUUUCUCUUUUUGUUCAUUAUUACAUUUUUAGAAUAUAGAUAAAGUAAAAGUCUUCAAAUACAUUAAAUGUUUAAUUUAUGACCAUCAUCAUUUUACAUAAAGUAUAUUUUGCCUUCAAUAAUAAGUGAAUCACUCUAUGUGGUAAGUGGGUAAUGCUGUUCAGUGCUGUUAAGUGGCCCAGAUUUUAAAUUGUAAUCUAAAAGCACAUUCUUAAAUACAGUCUACUUGGCUCACAGCUGAGCAACUGAAAAUUGUCUUCUUUUUUGCCUGUUCUUAUGAGGGUCUUAUGAGAUAAUGUUAUAUGACAGAACACUUUGGAAAUUGUAAAUGUUUGGUGGUGGUGAUUUUAUUUUUGCUUAGGAAGAUAGGACUCUGUGGAAUAGUUCUCGUGUCCCUCUUUCUUUUCCUCUUCUCUACCUUUCUAAGCAGAUUGGUGUGAUUUUGUUCUCUUUGGCAGUCCUUCUCUCCUCCCCUGUGUCGUCCUUUAGGGAGAAAUGGAAUAUAGAUAAAUGGGUCCCACCAGACAGGUUUUGACCUUUUGGGGGGAGGGAUUGUGUGUAAUGAAACCAUCUUGCAGAGGUGGCUUGCAUGUGAUAAACCAAAUGACGGUGGAUUUUGAAAUUCCAAAGCAGAUUCAUUUACAAUUUAAGAAAGGGAAAUGUAGUUUGGAUGCAAAGCUGAUUAAAUUGGAUCAAGAAAAAUUAGAAUUAAAUACAUAAGUAAUGUAUAUAUUUAUGAUUUCAAUUUUUAUAUAUCCUCAGCUAGUGGAAAAUGAUGAUUCCCACAACAAGCAUAACUCAGCUUGUUUCUGCUUACUGAGUAUUUUCCACUGUGGUGUAUGUUGAUAGCAUUUCUUUCAUUAUGUAUGUUGUAUAGCAGUUAUAGUUACUGUGGGAAUAGUAAUUUGAAAUUUUUGACUCAUGUGUUUCUGGAAUCUUUACAGCAAGUGUUGCAUUAACAUAGACCUUUUUCCAUUGGUUUUUACCAAAAUUAAAUCCAUCUGUAGCAGAUACUGUUUUAACUUGUGAAAGACAUAUUUUAUAAAGAUACCACGAGGUAAUACUGUAAAAUGAGAUCGGUAUCCAUUCUGGUUUUAUGGAAUCAGCAGUGUUAUCCCAGUGUCAAAUUCCCUAUCAGUGAACAUUUAAGAACAUAAAGAGAGUUUUCUCCCA